AUGGUAAGGCGACCAACUGUCUUCUUACCGGAGUCGCUACUCGUGACAAGAGAGGUGCUGAAUUCGCAUCGGAGGGAUCUGGUGCAACAACGCGACGACUGCUGGGUGGCCAUCAAGGAGACACUGACCGCCAGCAAGGGCCUCUGUGAGGCACAAUGUGUUCUUUGGCCCCCAAUCACACCCUUUACAAUGGUUUCGCUUCUGGUGGCGAAGCACUGGCAGUCAGUGCCGCCGUCAUGGCAGAGUAUCCUGCUAUGUCUUGCUCAGAGCAUUGCCUCGCUCAAGCGGUGUGAACGACUGAUAGUGUGCUGGGACCGCCAUGACGUUGAGGCCUUUUACAAAGAAGCUGAGGUGUCGCCAUGUUCGAACUGUGACCCUGUAGUACACCCUGAGUGGCUACUGUUCGAACUCGAAAACAACAUCACAAUCCGAGGCCAACAAGCGGACAUCUCCCAGUGCCUGAUCAAACCUGAUUCUCCAGGAAACGCCAUCAUGCAGCUCAACAUGGGAGAAGGGAAGACAACGGUCAUCACCGCAAUGGCUGCUCUGUCUCUGGCAGACGGCUCGGAAAUUUGUCUUGGGUGGAAUCUUGGGCCGGCCGUUAACCAGAUACCGUUCUCCCGUGCGACACCUAUCGAUAAGGGGAUGAUCCGGAAUCUGAGAACAAUCUACGAGGAGUGCAAACGCUCUCGGGGCGUUCUACUCACCUUGUCGGAGCAAAUUCUAUCUUUUCGUCUGGUGGGCUUAGACCUAGUGAGCAGAGACUUGGCCUUGGCGCAAGAAGCCAUCCAGCUUGAGCGAUUCAUCCAGCAGACCUGCCGCAACAUCAUUGAUGAGAGUGAUGAGAUUCUAGAUCCGAAGUUUCAACUGGUUUAUACUAUGGGAACUCAGCAGUGCCUCGACGGCAGUAGCGACAGGUGGCAGAUGGCUCAGAGCCUACUGACACUGGUCGAGGAUCAAGCGAGCGGACUGCACUCUCGAGCUCCGAGCCUUUUAGACCUGGAGCGGCGCGGUGUCUGCUUUCCGAUAGUCCAUUUCCUAAAACCAGGGACGGUGGAGAUUGUGAUUGAGUUGAUGUUGCAGACCCUGUUUGAGAAUGGUCUUCCUGGCCUUCCCCUUCACUGUUGGCCGCAAUAUAUCUACGACAGCGCAUGCAGAUUUGUCUCUGUCACUUCGGUGACUUCCCAAGACGAAAGGACUCUUCGAGACGCAUUUGCGGGAGGAGUAAUCAUGAACAGGUUGCUUGUGCUACGCGGUCUCCUGGCUCAUGGUAUUUUCCAGUUCGCUUUGUCGGGGAAACGCUGGAAUGUCGAUUACGGUCUGCAUCCCUCGAGGUGUAUGAUGGCUGUGCCUUUCAGAGCCAGAGGAGUACCGUCGGAACAUGCCGAGUUUGGUCAUCCAGAUGUGGCCGUGACUUUGACGUGUCUGAGCUAUUAUUACUGA